CCUUCAGAUCCAAAUGAGUGGAGCCAACUGGAGGACUGUGGGAUGGUGAUCACCCUCUGACAUUUCCCUGUUAGCAAUGGAGCAUGAAGAACCUUCAACGAUGGCCCACAACCUCAACAGCACAGCACCCAAUGGCUCUCUUCUCCAUGAGAUGUCCCUUUACUCUCCCAGCAUGCACUUGGGCUUGCCACCCUCUGCCCAGUUUCACCUGUGGGGCCUGGUGGCCCUGGUGUUCAUGGUGGCGCUGAACGGCGUGGCCCUGCUGGCCAACGCGGCCGUGCUGGUCGUGGUGGUGCGGGCGGCUCACCUGAGGCGGCUAGUGUUCGUCGGGCACCUGUGCGCCGUGGACCUGCUGUGCGCGGCGCUGCUGAUGCCCCUGGGCAUGGUGAGCGACUCGCCGCUGUUCUCUGGCGUGCUCUUCUCCUCGCUGGCGUGCCGUCUCUACGUCUGCCUGCAUGCCACGCUGGUGGCCGCCUCCAUCUUCACCAUCACCGCCAUCAGCGUGGAGCGUUACUACUACAUCAUCCACCCCAUGCGCUACGAGGCCAAAAUGACGCCGAGGCUGGCGGUGGUCAUUUUGGCUCUGCUGUGGCUGGUUUCCCUCCUGCUGGGGUUUGCCACGACGCUGGGCUGGCCGCCGGCUCACGCGCGACACGGCUUCAUCACCGCCUCCUUCUGCUCCCUGCGCUGGAGCCAUAGCAGACACUGCUGGGGUUUCGCGCUGCUGUUCGCCAGCCUCUGCUUCUGUGUGCCGGCCGUGGUUAUAGUGGCUGUCUACGGGAACGUAUACAAGGUGGCCAGGGUGGCGGCGCGUCACCAGAACGGCCCGCUGCCCACCUGGGCCUGCAAGCCCCCAGCCGUGGGCCGGCCCAAGCACCGUUCAGACUCAGUCAACAGCCAAACCACUAUCAUCACCACGGUGACCGGCCGCUGCUACGGAUGCGCGGGCGGGGCUCCGCGCAGAAGAGGGCAGUGCGGGGGGAAGGCAGCCGUGACCCUGGCCGUGAUCGUAGGCCAGUUCCUGCUCUGCUGGCUGCCCUACUUCGCCUUCCACCUGCGUCUGUCCCUGGCCCCUCAGCACAGCGGGCUGGUCGAAGCCGUGGCACCCGUCACCUGGCUUGCCUACUCCUCUUUUGCCGUCAAUCCUUUCUUCUACGGACUCCUCAACCGGCAGAUCCGUGAGGAACUGUGCAAGCUGCUCUGCUGCCUCCGACGGCAACACGUGCUUGUGCGACCAGUCAGGGCAGAGAUGGCCACUCCUGAAGGUGUGGCCAAAGAUGACUUUCUGCACUUUCUGCAGAGGACCAGCAUUCCCUCCACUUGCAACAGUUCAACCCCUAGGACUACUCUGGACCAAUCAGGUUUCAGGAUACCUGGACAAAUUCCUGAGGAACUCGCAUGAUGCAUCAUGAAGUCAUACCUGAAAGUCAGGAAAAAAAGACAAUGACAGUAUUAUCUGAUCUUUUUUUUGUGAUAUUGCCAACAGCACUGUUGCUUGAGGGAUUGUUUGAAGGAUGGUUUGAAGAUUGAUGACGACAAUAAAUCCUCUAAUGUAAACCUUACAUUGGGGAAAUCCUUUAUUAAUUAAUUUAUUAUUAAAGUACAAUCAUGUAUGUAUUGAUUUAAGUGAAGGAAUUGUAUGUUUAUAACUGAUGACCGAAUUGAUGUUGUAACUAAAAGUAAGUAAAUGGUUCAUUUCAUACAUUAAUUGACAGAGUUGAUGGCAAAAUCCUAUCAAAGCUAGGAAUAUGUCACACAAAGACCCGACCAACUGUUUCUCCUGUAGAUAAAGUUCUGCAUUCACAGUGCCCAGCUCAGGUUGUAGAAUCACACAGCAACACACUCAGGAACUCAUUGCUUCUACUGCCAUUUCCCUCUGGAUGACAGAAAAACAACAUUGUUCUUGUCGCCAGUGAAACCAUGUUCUGCCUCCCAUGUUUUUGUAUUUGAUGUAUGAAAAGUGAGAAUGGCAAUGAAUGAGCUGUUAUGAAAUGUAUUUUUAUCUGUUAUAAAAUCUUAUAAAAAAUUAAAUAUUCUGUCGUAUCGAAGCACAAAUAAGUCCGAUUUA